CUCGCGCCAGCCUCCGGGCAGGGCUGAGCCCUGCUCUCGUGAGGCUCCUCCAUGCCGCGUGCCAGGCCGUAGCGAGAUCAUGGAGGGACAGGAGGAAAAGCACCAACAGGACAAAAUAGAAGAAGAUGGUAUAAAGUAUGUAACUAAAAAAGAAGAAAUCGAACAAGAAAAAACAAUGCAACGUUCAACAUCUUGUGUCCGGAGAGGACGUGUAAAUUAUGCUAAAUUCAUUAAUACAAAUAUGAGAACUUACAAUGAACCAAUUCCCUACAUAGAUCCAAAAGAAGAGCCCGAAGUGCAGAGUCACUGGUGGCCAUCUGAGUCACAGGAGUGUCGACGACCACCUUUUGACAGUCAGAGUACCCAGAGGAGUGACUUCCAAAAACCAACAGGUCAACUGUCUUAUCCAGUCAAAUACAGCAGGCUGCAAAAGCCUUCUUGUGGAAUAGUUCCACUUGUCUGUGAGGAUUUAAGAGAACUUCAAAACAAUUUUAGAGAACGCAUCUCUUUUAUACACCAAUACGAUUCCAGGAGAACUCCCAAUGAGCCCAACAGGGGCAAGAGACAUGGAGCUUUUGUGCAGACAGAGUUGAAGCCAAGGAGUGGGCUAGCUCUGAAGGGAACAGAGGUAUUACUGAGUACUUUGGGGUCAUGUUCAUCAAAAUGGUCCAAAACAACAAAGAAAGGCAAUUCAGCAGGAAGCAGAAUGACCUCAGCAGGUCUCUGCAGACAGAAUUCCCAAGAGCUAUGAAAGACUUGA